AUGAAACUGGGAAGAUAUUUGCUAUGCAUGCCAUCUAUCGCCUACCAGUCAUCAGGAAAAUGGAUUUACAUGCGAUUACUCUUUAUUCUCUGGAUUUAUUCAACCUUUGCGUCAGAUGAGGCCACCACAACUCAAUGUCCAGCUUCGUGUAAAUGUAGCCCGGUCGAAGAGUCCCAGCCCCCUGCCGUGACCGCGGAACCCGUCCUCGCUGCAACCAGCACCACUUCACGUGUGCCUAUCAUGGCACGAUGCUGGAUCCCGGCCAAUAUGGUUCAAUUACCUUGUGAGAAAUCAUGGACCAUUGUCCAUUUGCAAAUCUUAACCGGCCAGGCCCAACCGGAUCAUCUGACCCCGUCACUAACGGCGCGUCCGAUUGGAGGACGAACAGGUUAUCCGAAUAUCAGUGUUUCACCCAAACUAUUCGAACAAUGCGGUUCUUUGACCCGUUUGGCUAUAUGGGAGCGCAGUCAAUUCACUUGGCUCCCCCAGUACUGGCUUCGUCCGCUUGUGAAACUUGAACGUCUACUCAUCGAAGUGCCUACACUCCAAAUUCUCCCGGAUCAUUUCUUUGCAUUUUUACCCCGCCUGAAUUUUGUAAAAAUUUCCAAAUGUUCACAACUGUCACGAAUCAGUCGUGCUGUGUUCGAACCCUGUCCGGAAACGUUGCAUACCGUAUGGUUGGAUGGGAACGGGUUGCGAGGGAAACUACCGGCCGGUGUGUUUCGCCAGUGUAAUUUUCGUAUGCUACAUCUGAGUGAGAAUCAACUUACCCAGUUGGAUUGGGGCAGUUUAAGCGGACUCAGUCAACUGCAAAGUUUACAGUUGCAACGAAAUCGACUGAUCGGAUCGUUGGAACAAUGUUUGAGCUACCGAAAAGAUAUGAAUUCCACAGCUCUGGCAGCCACUCCGAUGUUGAAAAAGUUGGACCUAUCAUUUAAUCAAAUCGAAUCGAUUGAGGGAAUCUUGUGGUCUGGUGAGUGUGUUCGAUCGCAAGCGGCCAGCGCCGAAGGUCGUGGCUUAUGUCAUUUGGAAGAGUUGAAUCUGGGCCAUAAUCACCUCAAGUGGCUUGCUCUGGACAGUUUCAACGGACUUCCACGAUUACGCCGAUUAAAUUUAGAUUUUAAUCCGGGCUUGUUCAGUCCUGAAGGAUCAGCCAAUAUGGCACUGGUACUGUACGCGGUGUCUGUGGUGAAUAAACAUUUUCAGAGUUUGAUCAUUCCUAUACAAAACGCUCCGCAUCAAGGUCAACAGAGACCACGUUCAAAUGGAUCAAUAGAUCUUUGUCAGCCGGACGAUUCAUGGCUAAGUCAAGCUCCGCAAUACCUUGCCAUGACUGCGAAUCAUGUAAAACGAUCUAGUUGUAAUCGAUAUCCCUUACCGGAGUUUGAAUUAGACAGUAGCUCACCUCAUAUGAUUUCGACUGAUCACGUGACCACCGAAGGAUCUAGUUCAUCGAUCAAUCAAACCAGUGUUUUCACACAUACAAAUUCACAAUCCGAUGAAGAGUCUGAUCCCAUUCUUGCAUUUGUACGUCAUACAAACCGCUUCAAUUUGCUUAUUCUGUGCUUGGGUCUAAUUUUUGUAGGACUUCUCAUCGGACUGCUUCCAAUGGCUUAUUUCUUAUGCACCCCUAAACCAAGAGAUCAAAAGACUAAAUCCAAUCCAUCAUCCAACAUGAUGCCAUUGCUUGUCCAUCCUGGCUCCGAAACCGGGUUUAUUUUAUCCCCGCCCUCCAACCAAAUCAAUACAAACAGUCCCAACGGUUCCAUGUCCACACCUUUGCCUAAACGAUCAAUAAAAAAUGGACGUAACGGAGCUCUACCACCGAUUCCACCAACACGCGUGCAUUUCGCUUCCUCGCGUGUCCCGAUCCUUCACGGUUCGGCCGAUCCUAUUCGUGCCCGAGCACUAAUUCAACCCACAAUGGUUCCCACAUUUCCG